CAUAACCUCAGGUAUGUGUUGCUUUCUGGAAGUGAAAGGGUGGAGAUCACCUGAAAGUUUACAUCUGUCAAAAACCGCAUUCAGUCUUUAACUUGUUCCCGAACUACCAUUCAGAUUUACAGACAGCGCCUCAUAUAGUUUGUGUCUAUAGUGAUGGCAGAGGCUCACCAGGCAGUAGCGUUUCAAUUCACAAUCACUCCUGAGGGCAUCGACCUACAUCUCUCCUACCAAGCCCUUAAUCAAAUCUACCUCUCCGGACUGAGAUCCUGGAAGAAACGCAUCAGCAGGAUUAAGAACAGAAUCAUUAAAGGCGUAUACCCAGCUAGCCCAUCCUCUUGGCUUUUUGUUGUAAUAGCAAUCCUGGCAACUAUCUACAUGCAGUCUGAUCCAUCUAUGGGCCUCAUUGCUAAGAUUCAGGAGCACCUGCCCCUCAGUCUGUCAUUGAGUGCUCAAGGCCAGACUGUGCUGUCGGUGCUGUUGUUCAGUACUCUGCUGUGGAUGUCUCUCAUUCUGGCUCUGAGGUUCUGCCUAAAACUUCUCCUAUCAUACCACCGAUGGAUGUUCGAGCAACAUGGACGCAUUUCUACCAAGACCAAAGUCUGGGCGACCCUAGUUAGGUUGCUGUCUGGUAGAAAGCCAUUACUGUACAGCUAUCAGACAUCUUUACCACAUCUGCCUGUACCUCCCAUUAAAGAAACUUUGGAAAGAUAUCUGGAGUCAGUGAAACCACUGCUUGAUACGGCUGGUUUUCAGCGAAUGACAAGACUGGCUGCUGAGUUUGAGAAAAGUCUGGGUAACCGGCUACAAAAAUACCUCAAACUUAAAGCGCUGUGGGCCACAAACUAUGUUAGCGACUGGUGGGAAGAGUAUGUUUAUCUGCGGAGCCGGGGUCCCAUUAUGGUCAACAGUAAUUAUUAUGGCAUGGAUUUCCUGUAUGUGUCACCAACGACUAAUCAGGCAGCUCGAGCUGGGAAUACCAUCACAGCCCUGUUUCUGUAUCGCCGCAAAGUCAAUAGAGAGGAGCUCAAUCCUAGUCGUAUUCCUGGUACAGUCAUACCGCUGUGUGCAGCUCAGUGUGAGCGCAUGUUCAACACCACGCGCACGCCGGGAGAGGAGACUGAUGUCCUGCAGCAUUGGCAGGACAGUGAAUUUGUGGCCGUGUACCACCGGGGCCGGUAUUUCAGAUUAUGGGUUUACCGAGCAGGACGCCUGCUGUCACCCAGAGAGAUCCAGUACCAGAUUCAAAGGAUCUUGGACGAACCCUCACCUCCUUCUCCAGGAGAGGACAAACUAGGGGCACUGACAGCAGGAAACAGGAAACCCUGGGCUCAGGUGAGAAAGCAGUUCUUCAGCUCUGGAGUGAACAAGCGCUCACUAGACUGCAUUGAGAAAGCAGCCUUCUUUGUCACGCUAGAUGAUCAGGAAGAAGGUAUGAUGGGGGAAGAUCCCUCUGGGAACUUGGACCGCUAUGCCAAAUCCCUCCUUCACGGAAAGUGCUAUGACAGAUGGUUUGAUAAGUCGUUUUCUGUUGUGGUGUAUAAGAAUGGAAAGAACGGGUUAAAUGCAGAGCAUUCUUGGGCUGAUGCUCCUAUAGUGGCUCAUCUGUGGGAGUUCACUCUGGCCACAGACACAUUUCUUUUGGGUUACACGGCAGACGGGAACUGCAGGGGAGAGAUUGAGCGCUCCUUACCACCUCCUCAACGCUUGAACUGGGACAUACCACUGGAGGUCCAGACACAGGUGUCCGAAUCUCUCGCUGUUGCGCAAGCACUUGCUGAUGAUGUGGACUGUCAUGUAUUUCCAUUCAAAGAAUUUGGGAAAGGCCGGAUCAAGAAAAUGAAAAUGAGUCCAGAUUCCUUUGUGCAGCUGGCCCUUCAGCUGGCCUACUACAGGGACAGAGGGACUUUCUGUCUGACAUAUGAAGCCUCUAUGACUCGUUUGUUUCGUGAGGGUCGCACUGAGACCGUCAGAUCCUGUUCCAGUGAAAGCUGCAUCUUUGUCCAUGCACUGGAAGCAGGAGAGGAUGAAGAACACUGUCGUCUGCUUUUUCGAAAGGCUGCUGAGAAGCAUCAGAACCUCUACCGCCUGGCGAUGACUGGAUCUGGUAUUGACAGGCACCUCUUCUGCCUGUAUGUGCUCUCAAAAUACCUGGGGGUAGAUUCUCCUUUCCUUAAAGAGGUGUUGUCAGAGCCCUGGCGCCUCUCCACCUCUCAAACUCCUGUGCAACAGAUGGAGUUAUUUGAUUUGGUGAACCACCCUGAGUUCAUCUCGCUGGGAGGAGGCUUUGGUCCAGUGGCUGAUGAUGGCUAUGGCGUAUCUUACAUCAUUAUGGGCGAGGAAAUGAUCAACUUCCACGUGUCCUGCAAGCAUUCCUGCAAAGAGACUGACUCUCAUAAAUUUGGCUCUCAGAUUAGUCAAUCCAUGAUGGAUCUUAUGACUCUGCUCAACCCUGACUUCAAGGAAGCCACAAAAGUCAACCCUGUCAAACAGUCAUAAAUCCUGCUGUGUGCUUGUAUAAAGAUGGGUUUACGUAUAUCAUUGUUUGUGCUUUUUUAUUUAAUUCUCUUCUGUUUGUUGGGUUUGAAUUUGUAAUAUAGUGGAUCUGUACCAGUGUCAAUACUGAAAGUAAUUUGUAGAGUUUCUGGUUUUGCUAAUUGCUGCUGGAGCAGUUUUGCUGUAUACCUGUCAUAAAUCACAAAAAAAAUGUUCCCUGAGAAAUUACAUUUGUCUGUCUGACAUCUCUGUGAAUAGUGAACAUAUGUCCAGCCAGUCAACUAUUGUGUGCGACAUCUUAUUUUGUCUUUACAGGGUAUUGGUAUGAAGAGAGGCUCUGUGGCUAAAACCACUAUUUAAAAAAACUUUCUUUUUUUUUUUGCUGAUACAGAGGAAAACAAAAAUGUUCUCCCUAAAACAUAUUUCACCCAUUAAAAUCAGUUAUGAUUUGAA